UGUGUGUCCCACACAGGGGCUGACAUGAGGAACCAUUCAUCUGUUGCACCCUUCACUGCAUGUCCCUUUCAGCAGUGGGUAGGAAGCUGUUGCACGCUAGUUAUGUAAGGGAUUGGUGCAUGGAUAUGCAUCUGCAGUGACAAGUAGCCUGUUGACACACUAGACACCAUGGACAAGAGAGACGCCAACAACGGGGCCUAUUACGUGGCGGCCAACUUCGAGUCCCAGCUGCCCUCGCCAACCAAGUCAAAGUCCUCUGAUGAGAACACGGAGAGGGGAAACUGGUCCAACAAGAUGGACUUCGUCUUGUCCUGCCUCAGUUAUGCAGUUGGCCUCGGCAAUGUGUGGCGGUUCCCAUAUCUAUGUUACAGGAAUGGAGGUGGAGCAUUCCUCAUUCCCUUCAUCGUCAUGCUGUUCAUCACCGGAAUCCCCCUGGUGUUCCUUGAGCUGUCGUUUGGUCAGUACGCCAGCGAGGGCGUGGUGUCCAUCUGGAAGGUUUCACCCAUAUUCCAAGGUGUCGGUUGGGCGAUGUUCAUAGUGUCAGUUCUGAUCGCCAUGUAUUACAACAUGAUCAUCGCUUGGACGCUCUACUAUCUGUUUGCUUCAUUUGCUGCUGAACUUCCCUGGAGCUACUGCGGUGAUUGGAGCUCUCCACUGUGCUUCGAGAGUCGUAGCAUGAUCACCAACUGUACAACUCAGAACGGGACUUGGUACAACUCCACGUGCUACACGGUUCAGGGGGUCGGCCAGCAGAUGUACAACAACAUCAUCAACAUCACCAACCACACCAAGCUGCUAGACAACAAGUCUCCCAGUGAUGAAUACUUCCAUAAUGAGGUGCUGGACAUCAGCGGGGGCGUCUAUGAGAUGGGGAAGGUGCGGUGGCAACUGGCCCUCUGUCUGCUACUUGCCUGGGUGCUGGUCUGUAUCUGCCUGGCCAAGGGAAUCAAGACCUCCGGCAAGGCGGUGUACUUCACGGCGUUCUUCCCAUACGUGGUGCUACUGAUCCUGCUGAUCCGAGGUGUGACUCUCGAGGGGUCCGCAGAUGGCAUCCUGUACUACAUCACGCCCAAGUGGGAGCUCCUCAAGAGUGCCAAGGUGUGGGGGGACGCUGCUGUCCAGAUCUUCUUCUCACUGUCUCCCUGCUGGGGCGGACUCAUCACGCUGGCCAGCUACAACAAGUUUAACAACAACUGCCUUCUGGAUGCUAUCCUUGUGUCUGUGCUGGACUGUCUGACCAGUGUCUUUGCCGGCCUCGUCAUCUUCUCCAUCAUCGGCUACAUGGCCCACGAACUCCAGCAGCCCAUAGACAAAGUCGCCCAGGACGGUGCAGGUCUGGCCUUCGUUGUGUACCCUGAGGUUGUCACCAAACUUCCUAUAUCGCAGCUGUGGGCCGUGCUCUUCUUUGCCAUGCUGGUGACACUGGGUCUGGGAACUCAGAUCGCUACGGUAACAACUGUGCACACAACUUUAAAGGAUCAGUUCCCCCAUCUGUUCCGCAGCGCACGGACGUCUGUGUAUCUCCUGUUUGGCAUUGCCUUCCUGUGCUUCAUUAUAGGACUGGCCUUCUGUACACAGGGAGGCAUGUAUGUUCUGCAGCUGUUCGACAACUACGCAGCUACCUACUCACUGCUGUGUAUAGGGUUUGUGGAAUGCAUUGCGCUGGCCUGGGUAUACGGAGCUGACCGCUUCUUGGGCGACAUUGAGUCCAUGCUUGGCCGCCGCCCUCCUAAUAUCUGGAGCUACAGCUGGAAGUUCAUAGCCCCCAUUGCCCUCCUGGUGAUACUGGUGUUCACGUGGGUGGACUUUAAACGGACCAAGUACUCUGACGAGGUCUUCCCCGUGUGGGCUGACGUUGUCGGCUGGCUGAUCACCUUGUCCUCCGUCCUGGCCAUCCCGACUGUCGCCAUCUACAAGGUCAUCCAGCAUCAACGCCACAACGACAGCUCCAUCAUACAGUCUAUCAGGGCUCUUGCGAAGCCGACACCUGAAUGGGGCCCUGCUCUCAAGGAACACCGCGCCCAGAGAGAAACAGUCCCUGGGAGUUUGCCGGAGACGUACGAGUCCCAAGUGCCUCUGACGUUAGGAUCUAAAAAAAAUGGACUGGCCAACGUAAAUGGACAGGUGGACUCCAGCAGGUGUUGAGAGAUUGCUGGCUUCACGAAGUACCAGACACAGCUGAUAUGCGCUGCAUACCUCGGACUCAGUGUCAACAGACAGACAUCCACUACACUAUCAAUACCUUGGAUGUGGCAUCAGUAGACUGUCACCAGUAAACUAUCACUACCUUGAAUGUAGCAUCAGUAGACGGUCACUAGUAAACUAUCACUACCUUGAAUGUAGCAUCAGUAGACUGUCACCAGUAAACUAUCACUACCUUGAAUGUAGCAUCAGUAGACUGUCACAAGUAACCUAUCAAUACCGUGAAAGUAGCAUCAGUAGACUGUCACCAGUAAACUAUCAAUACCAUGGAUUUAGCAUCAGAAGAGUGUUACCAGUAAACAAUCAAUACCAUGGAUUUAGCAUCAGAAGAGUGUUACCAGUAAACAAUCAAUACCUUGAAUGUAGCAUCAGUAGACUGUCACCAGUAAACUAUCAAUACCAUGGAUUUAGCAUCAGUAGAGUGUUACCAGUAAACAAUCAAUACCUUGAAUGUAGCAUCAGUAGACGGUCACUAGUAAACUAUCAAUACCUUCAAUGUAGCAUCAGUAGAUGGUCACCAGUAAACUAUCAAUACCAUGGAUUUAGCAUCAGUAGACAUUCACCAGUAAACUAUCAAUACCUUGAAUGUAGCGUCAGUAGACUGUUACCAGUAAACUAUCAAUACCUUGAAUGUAGCUUGUUUGAUAGGCAUUACUUAGAUGUAGCGUCAGUAGACUGUUACCAGUAAACUAUCAAUACCUUGAAUGUAGCUUGGUUGAUAGGCAUUACUUAGAUGUAGCGUCAGUAGACUGUCACCAGUAACCUAUCAAUACCGUGAAUGUAGCAUCAGUAGACUGUCACCAGUAAACUAUCACUACCUUGAAUGUAGCAUCAGUAGAUGGUCACCAGUAAACAAUCACUAUCUUGAAUGUAGCAUCAGUAGACUGUCACCAGUAAACUAUCAAAACCUUGGAUGUGGCAUCAGUAGACUGUCACCAGUAAACUAUCAAAACCUUGGAUGUGGCAUCAGUAGACUCACCAGUUAACUAUCAAUACCUUGGAUUUAGCGUCAGUAGAGUGUUACCAGUAAUCUAUCAAUACCUUGAAUGUAGCAUCAGUAGACUGUUACCAGUAAACUAUCACUACCUUGGAUGUAGAAUCAGUAGACUGUUACCAGUAAACUAUCAAUACCGUGAAUGUAGCAUCAGUAGACGGUCACUAGUAAACUAUCAAUACCUUCAAUGUAGCAUCAGUAGACGGUCACUAGUAAACUAUCAAUACCUUCAAUGUAGCAUCAGGAGACUGUCACCAGUAAACUAUCAAUACCUUAGAUGUAGCAUCAGUAGACUGUCACCAGUAACCUAUCAAUACCUUGAAUGUAGCAUCAGUAGACUGUUACCAGUAAACAAUCAAUACCUUGAAUGUAGCAUCAGUAGACUGUCACCAGUAAACUAUCAAAACCUUGGAUGUGGCUUCAGUAGACUCACCAGUAAACUAUCAAUACCUUGGAUUUAGCGUCAGUAGAGUGUUACCAGUAAUCUAUCAAUACCUUGAAUGUAGCAUCAGUAGACUGUUACCAGUAAACUAUCACUACCUUGGAUGUGGCAUCAAUAGACUGUCAUCAGUAAACAAUCACUACCUUGAAUGUAGCAUCAGUAGAUGGUCACCAGUAAACUAUCACUACCUUGAAUGUAGCAUCAGUAGAGUGUUAACAGUAAACUAUCAAUACCUUGGAUUUAGCAUCAGUAGACUGUCACCAGUAAACUAUCAAAACCUUGGAUGUGGCUUCAGUAGACUCACCAGUAAACUAUCAAUACCUUGGAUUUAGCGUCAGUAGAGUGUUACCAGUAAUCUAUCAAUACCUUGAAUGUAGCAUCAGUAGACUGUCACCAGUAAACUAUCAAAACCUUGGAUGUGGCAUCAAUAGACUGUCAUCAGUAAACAAUCACUACCUUGAAUGUAGCAUCAGUAGAUGGUCACCAGUAAACUAUCACUACCUUGAAUGUAGCAUCAGUAGAGUGUUACCAGUAAACUAUCAAUACCUUGGAUUUAGCAUCAGUAGACUGUCACCAGUAAACUAUCAAAACCUUGGAUGUGGCUUCAGUAGACUCACCAGUAAACUAUCAAUACCUUGGAUUUAGCGUCAGUAGAGUGUUACCAGUAAUCUAUCAAUACCUUGAAUGUAGCAUCAGUAGACUGUCACCAGUAAACUAUCAAAACCUUGGAUGUGGCAUCAAUAGACUGUCAUCAGUAAACAAUCACUACCUUGAAUGUAGCAUCAGUAGAUGGUCACCAGUAAACUAUCAAUACCUUGAAUGUAGCAUCAGUAGAGUGUUACCAGUAAACUAUCAAUACCUUGGAUUUAGCAUCAGUAGACUGUUACUAGUAAACAAUCAAUACCUUGAAUGUAGCAUCAGUAGAUGGUCACCAGUAAACUAACAAUACCUUGAAUGUAGCAUCAGUAGAGUGUUACCAGUAAACUAUCAAUACCUUAGAUGUAGCAUCAGUAGACUGUCACCAGUAAACUAUCAAUACCUUGGAUUUAGCAUCAGUAGACUGUCACCAGUAAACUAUCAAUACCUUGAAUGUAGCAUCAGGAGACUGUCACCAGUAAACUAUCACUACCUUGGAUGUAGCAUCAGUAGACUCACCAGUAACCUAUCAAUACCGUGAAUGUAGCAUCAGUAGACUGUCACCAGUAAACUAUCAAUACCUUGAAUGUAGCAUCAGGAGACUGUCACCAGUAAACUAUCACUACCUUGGAUGUAGCAUCAGUAGACUGUCACCAGUAAACUAUCAAUACCGUGAAUGUAGCAUCAGUAGACUGUCACCAGUAAACUAUCAAUACCUUGAAUGUAGCAUCAGGAGACUGUCACCAGUAAACUAUCACUACCUUGGAUGUAGCAUCAGUAGACUGUCACCAGUAUACUAUCACUACCUUGGAUGUAGCAUCAGUAGACUGUCACCAGUAAACUAUCACUACCUUGGAUGUGGGGCGUGCAUAUCAGUAGAUACAGAGUUGAUGUAAUAUAUCACAUUGAUGAAUAUAGCUGGUAUAUAUUGAUGUAUAUUGCAGGGCCCGCAUAUUAGUACAUAUUAAGAUGGUAUGUAUUGGUGCAUAUCACAGGGUCUGCAUAUCAGGACAUACGGAGUUGGUAUGUAUUGAUAUAUAUAGCUGGUAUAUAUUGUUGAUAAUGACUUGUACAGAAUGUUAUUGUUUUAAUGUUGUUUAUUUCCUCAUAACCUCUUAUCAGGUAUUUAACAUUCAGGGAAGGAGUGAGAUGUGUCAGUGGAAGACGUUGAUGGAACAGGUUCCUGUUCAAGAUAGACAUGACCUUGACCUUUGUUGCGUCUUCCUGCAGUCAGGCUGCACACGUUCAUGCUGAUCAUUCCCAAUAUGGAUGACAAAUUCAAUUUCUCUUCUAUCAUGAUUCUUAGGAUGAAGCAAGUUUCUGGUGUAUAUUACCUGUGUUUAUCGAUUGUGAUGUAUUCGAGAAGAUUAUUUUUCUAGAACAGUUGAUCUAUGACUGAUUGGCAGCAUCUUGACACCAUGCUGCUGGUGCUAUUUUACCAAAAAUGCCUUUCAGCCAAUGUAGGCUACCUUCAUUUCAAACACACCCGGUAACUCUUGUUGACUUCAGAUUGUCAGUGUCUGUAGACAGUUAACUGACUUCAUAUUGCCUGUUUCUGUAGACUGUUGACAGACGUCAGAUUGCCUGUUUCUGUAGACUGUUGACUGACUCCAUAUUGUCAGUUUCUGUAGACAGUUGACAGACGUCAGAUUGCCUGUUUCUGAAGACUGUUGAUAGACGUCAGAUUGCCUGUUUCUGUAGACUGUUGACAGACGUCAGAUUGCCUGUUUCUGUAGACUGUUGACUGACUUCAUAUUGUCAGUUUCUGUAGACUGUUGACUGACUUCAUAUUGUCAGUUUCUGUAGACAGUUGACAGACGUAAGAUUGCCUGUUUCUGUAGACUGUUGAAAGACGUCAGAUUGCCUGUUUCUGUAGACUGUUGACAGAUGUCAGAUUGCCUGUUUCUGUAGACUGUUGACUGACUUCAUAUUGUCAGUUUCUGUAGACAGUUGACCGACUUCAGAUUGGCAGUUUCUGUAGACUGUUGACUGACUUCAUAUUGUCAGUUUCUGUAGACAGUUGACAGACGUCAGAUUGCCUGUUUCUGUGGACUGUUGACAGAUGUCAGAUUGCCUGUUUCUGUAGACUGUUGACUGACUUCAUAUUGUCAGUUUCUGUAGACAGUUGACCGACUUCAGAUUGGCAGUUUCUGUAGACUGUUGACUGACUUCAUAUUGUCAGUUUCUGUAGACAGUUGACAGACGUCAGAUUGCCUGUUUCUGUAGACUGUUGACAGACGUCAGAUUGCCUGUUUCUGUAGACAGUUGACAGACGUCAGAUUGCCUGUUUCUGUAGACUGUUGACAGACGUCAGAUUGCCUGUUUCUGUAGACUGUUGACUGACUUCAGAUUGUCAGUUUCUGUAGACAGUUGACCGACCUCAGAUUGGCAGUUUCUGUAGACUGUUGACAGACGUCAGAUUGCCUGUUUCUGUAGACAGUUGACUGACUUUAGAUUGCCAGUUUCUGUAGACAGUUGACCGACUUCAGAUUGCCAGUUUCUGUAGAGAGUUGACCAACUUCAGAUUGUCAGUUCCUGUAGACAGUUGACCGACUUCAGAUUGCCAGUUUCUGUAGAGAGUUGACCAACUUCAGAUUGUCAGUUCCUGUAGACAGUUUACCGACUUCAGAUUGCCAGUUUCUGUAGAGUGUUGACCGACUUCAAAUUGUCAGUUUCUGUAGACAGUUGACCGACUUCAGUUUGCCAGUUUCUGUAGAGUGUUGACCGACUUCAAAUUGUCAGUUUCUGUAGUGUUGACCGACUUCAGAUUGCCAGUUUCUGUAGAGAGUUGACCGACUUCAGAUUGUCAGUUUCUGUAGGCAGUUGACCGACUUCAGAUUGCCAGUUUCUGUAGAGUGUUGACCGACUUCAGAUUGUCAGUUUCUGUAGACAGUUGACUGACGUCAGAUUGUCAGUUUCUGUAGACAGUUGACCGACUUCAGAUUGUCAGUUUCUGUAGACAGUUGACUGACUUCAGAUUGCCUGUUCCUGUAGACAGUUGACCGACUUCAGAUUGCCUGUUUCUGUAGACAGUUGACCGACUUCAGAUUGCCUGUUUCUGUAGACAGUUGACCGACUUUAGAUUGCCUGUUUC